AUGGGUCCUGCUCAGACCAUGUCUGCUACAGAAAAGGAUAAUGCAGCCCAGCAGGUCCCUACUAGAACUACUCAAGAGACAACCACUAUCGGGAAAUCUCCUGCCCAACGGCAGAAUGUGGAUGUACAUAUUUCCACUCAGGGAGGGAUAGUUGAAUCUAGAAUCAAAGAUUUUUUCCAUAUGAAUCCACCAGAAUUCACAGGUUCUAAGCUUACAGAGGAUCUUCAACAAUUCAUUGAUGAGGCGUAUAAAAUUUGUAAGGUGAUGCGGGUCUCAGAUAUAGAUGCAGUUGAAUUGGCCGCUCAUCGACUGAAAGAUAUUGCUGUUAAAUGGUAUGAGAUGUGGGUUGCCUCGAGAGGUCAGGAAGCUUCUCUAGUGGUCAGGACAGAAUUUGCAGAAGCCUUCAUAGAUCACUUCAUGCUAUUAGAGCUCAGAGAGGCAAGGAUGGACGAAUUCCUAUCUCUAAAGCAGGGUAAUCUUAGUGUCAAGGAGUAUUGUUUGCGGUUUACAAAGUUGUCCAAAUAUGCUCCGGAGGUGGUCAGCACACAGGCAUCAGCAGACAGAGAAUCUAGUAGAGGCAGAGGGCCUAGUUCGAGAUCAGGUCCAAACCGUAUGUAUGCGUUAGCUGGUCGAUAG